CCACGCGUGUAUAUAAAGUGCAAGAAUUUGAGGUGUGGUCACUCAGUUACAGCCGCCACUGUCUCCAGCUCCACGACCGCAAUCACCAUGUACAGGCUUGUUGUGCUGUUGGCGCUAGCAGUCCUGUCAUUGGCGCAAUACCGUGAUUCCCCUCAGACGGCUGCCAUUCUGAGCGAACAACGUUACUUGGCCGGGGAUGGUACCUUUGGUGCAGCCUACUCUCAGGAAGACGGCGUGGAGUUCAAGGAAGAGUCAGAUGUUAACGGUAACCGUCAUGGAUCUUACAGCUAUGUGGACCCUAGCGGCCAGCGCAGGACUGUCACUUACACAGCGGGCAAGGACGGGUUCCGGGCCAGUGGCGCCCAUUUGCCCGUAGCACCUGCGCCAGUGGCACCUCAGCCACAGUACCAGCCUCAACCCCAGUACAAUCCUCCGUCACAGUACCAGCCACAACACCAGUACAACCCUCCCCCACAACCACAGUACAACCCUCAGCCACAGUAUAACCCUCAGCCUCAAUACAAUCCCCAGCCACAAUAUAAUUAUCAGCCCCAACAGAACUCCAUCCCCCAGUACAAUCCCACGACACCUCCACCUCAUAGAUUUUUUCCUCCAGGAAAACUUAAUCUGAACAGGACACCCGAUGGUUUUAGUUACAGUUUCAACAAAAGCUAAAUUAACAUCCUUACUAACGUAGUGUCUAGUGUGCCAUUGAUGUGUAUGUAUUUGUGUUAAAAUAAAUAUUUUUGUUCCUUUUUUUACAUA